AUGUGCUGCGGACGCCCGAGAAGCAAGUGGAUGAUGGGCUCUAAUGAAAUGUGAUGAGGGACCUCCUUCUUAUUCUGCUUCUGUCAGAGGGGAAGGCGCCGGCCCUCAUCAUUUCGAUGAGGCACACAGCCCUGGGGGGCACCGCAGCUGCUUCUAUAAAAGCCACCCAGCGCAUCACUUCGCACACACAUUUCUGGAAUCUCGGCUUCAGCGACGCAGCACUCUCUCGGUCUCUCUCUCAUCUCGGGGGCUCCAGAUUUACCCCCUUCUUCUGCUGGCCGCACCUCCCGUUUGAUCAUCUUACCCACUUCACCGGAGAUAGGACCCCCCACCCAUCCGGCACCAUUUCUUCAACAGGGAGACCAGCGCUGGCAGCUCAGCCUCUUCCCCGAUUCAGCAUCGGGAGGAAGACCCUGGUGGCAGCGGCCGUCGGAGUCAUGAUGGUUCUGGUCCUGGUCAUCCUCAUCCCGGUGCUGGUCAGUUCUGUAGGUACAGAUGGGGGCCACUAUGAGAUGCUGGGCACCUGCCGCAUGGUCUGCGACCCCUACCUGUCCAAGGGUACCACCACCAGUGCCAGCAUCCGGGCGGAAGCAGAAGCUCUCAGCGACCACAGCAUCUUACCUCCACCGUCGACCCUCGUUCAGGGACCACAGGGCAAACCGGGCAAGCCUGGCAAACCUGGACCUCCCGGGCCACCUGGAGAACCUGGGCCCCCUGGGCCGAUGGGUCCCCCGGGAGAAAGGGGGGAUCCUGGCAAAACUGGCAUCCUGGGGCUAGGAGGUAAUGGAGCUAUCAGCACUGCUACCUACACCACCAUACCACGGGUGGCAUUUUACGCAGGACUCAAGAAUCCUCACGAGGGCUACGAGAUCCUCAAAUUUGACGAUGUAGUCACCAACUUGGGCAACAACUACGACGGCACCACUGGCAAGUUCAUGUGCAACGUCCCUGGCACUUACUUCUUCACCUACCACGUCCUGAUGAGAGGCGGAGAUGGGACAAGCAUGUGGGCCGACCUCUGCAAGAAUGGCCAGGUGCGUGCCAGUGCCAUCGCCCAGGAUGCCGAUCAGAACUACGACUAUGCCAGUAACAGCGUCAUCCUUCAUCUGGAUGCUGGUGACGAGGUCUUCAUCAAACUGGACGGUGGGAAGGCGCAUGGUGGGAACAACAACAAGUACAGCACCUUCUCAGGGUUCAUCAUUUAUGCAGACUGAGGGGUGAGCGGGCAGCUGGGUGGGGGGCAGAGGGUCUCUCAUUUUUCAUCUGUCUCUCACCCUCCUCCCUUACCCACGGGUCGCCAGGAGAAGUGGACUGGCACAGACCCCAGCAAAGGACUUUGUGGCAGUUGAAGCGGUGCGUGAAGUUGCUGGCACAGGCGCUGCCCAGGCAGGGGCGCCCGCAGAUGGACAGCACUUCCUGCCCCCACCCCCUUGUUCCCAUGAGGGAUGCCCCCUGAUGCGCUUGGCUUUGACACGGGUUGGAAGGGGGGGUUUGUAUCCAUAAAACACAAAUAUAACGUCCCACGUCCACCAACGGCUGCUGUUGU